CAUACAUACCAACGACAAUGUCGUAACCCAAUUCCAAAUUCUAAGAUAUAUGAGAUGGGGCGAGAAAUGGAAAACGAAAUGGAGCUGAGUUUGGAGCUAUCCAUCGGGGGUUGCUACGCGAAAUCAGAGAGCAAGACUAGUUUAGAAAGGGAAAAGGGGAGGCUCUCCGAGGAAUUUGAUAAUGCUCAAAACGACGAUCUGCAGAAGAGGAGAGAGAUGCAGGCGAUGAAGAGGAGGGAAGCUCGGAUGAAGAGGGAAUUCAAGAAAUCCAGAGGCAUGAUGAAGGAUAAAGAGAUAGAAGGAGCAGCGCCCGCACCCAAGAGAGAGAGGAGCUCUAACGCCUCCUCCUCCAAGGUUUCUUGGGGACCCAUCGGAAACGGCUUUGCAUGGGACGGGCAACAGCCGCCGCCAAGUUCGUCGCAUCAUCGGAGCACGUCCCACAUAGGGGGAAGUAGUAGUGAUACCGGAAGUCACUCGAGUAGCUUUGGCACACACCAAAAUGACAAGCUCGAAAUCAACAACUCGUCGUCCGAUGCAGAGCCAGCACGCGUGUGUCAAGACCAGAGCACCAAGGCAUCCGCCAUUCAACAGCCACAAUCGGACACAACUUGCUCAACGACAGACAUAUGCAUGAUCAAGCCACCUCCGACUGGCCGAGAUGGGGCCGCUUCAAUUCUACAAAUGCCUUGCGUUUCCGCCACAGGCAACGGCCCCAAUGGCCGGACCAUCACUGGAUUCUUGUACAAGUAUACGAAAUCUGAGGUGAGCAUCAUGUGCGUGUGCCAUGGCAGCUUCUUCUCGCCUGCCCAGUUUGUUGAGCACGCAGGAGGUGUGGACGUCACGCAUCCUCUCCGGCAUAUCACCAUCGUUCCCUCGCCCAUCCGGUGAAUGUCUCUUGCUAGUUAAGUAGAAGGCUAGGACUCAUGAGAAUUUUCUUUUUCCGACAUCACUUGUAGAACCAAAGGGUUCCAUUUGAUUAUCUUGACUUGACCAUCGUUUUUCGAACACGAAAUGGGACACUAAUUAGGAUAGAGUAUGUUUGACCCCUUGAAGUUAUUUGUUGAGUGCUUUUUAGUUGUAGAAGUUAAUUGUUCAAAACUUUGCAAUCUUAACUUUUUUGUGUACAUUUUAUUAGUAUA